AUUGAUGGCGUAGUGAUAAGACAAUCAAUUGAUUGUACUUAACAGAAAAAGCCUUAUAAAGGAAGACUUCAGCCAGCUGUUGGGGUUAUAAGCUGACAAUGACUGGAGCAAAACGACUGUCAAUUCUCGGACUGCUGCUGUGCAGCCAUUUUCUGGUUAAAGCAGUAGAUGCUGAUGAUUUGCAGGCUAGAGAAGAUGACGGCGCACCCGCAUCUAAUGAUCUGAUCUUGGGCAACCUCAGCCUCUGCGAGAACGUGGCCGACAGUGUGUUUUUGCCGUAUGUGGGUGACUGCAACAAGUACUACCUCUGUCGGUAUGGAGAGGCCAUUGAACUGCAGUGCGAAUGGCCUUACCUGUUCAGUGCCCCCACCCAGAGCUGCGUGAACUCCACUCAGGCACACUGCUUGCCCACCUGCUCCAAUUUCCAGCUGACCACCUUCAGCUAUGAGCGAACAUGCACCAAGUAUGUCCUCUGUUAUUAUGGGCAUCCGGUUCUGAGAGAGUGCCUGGAUGGCCUACAGUACAAUGCACAAACGGAUCGUUGCGAUUUCCCCCAGAACGUGGACUGCGUGGAGUCCGAGUGCUCCAUCUACUACAAUGCCUACCAAUUGCACUACGUGCCCAGCAAAGUCUCCUGCGAGAAGUAUUUCCUCUGUGGCAAUGGCGUGCCCAGGGAGCAGACUUGUACUCCCGGAUUGUACUUUAGCACCAAAUGCAACUGCUGCGUUUUACCAUCCAAUUCUGACUGUCAGAUCCCCUCCCGGAAGAAAAUAGUCCAACCGUUCUCACGACUGUCACCACGGAUUGCCGAUAUAAUGUGUCCCUCUGCGGGUGUACAUUUUUAUUCGCACGAGUCGCGCAAGGAUGCCUAUUACUUCUGUGUGGAUGGCCAUGGCUUGACCCUGGACUGCUCUCCUGGCCUGUGGUACGAUGGCAAGGAACAGGAGUGUCGAGAACCCAAAAAUGUAGAGCUCUGAGAGAAAGCAAUAAAUAAUACAAAAUAUAAUGAAACUUA